ACGACAAUGAACGGUGCACAGUAUAUGCAUACUAGAUAGCUAUGUUAUAACAAUAGACAAUGUGUGUGUAUGUUAUGUAUGGGAACUGAUAUGAGAUGGCAUACCAUGUGUAUGGUCAUCUCUUACGUGUUCAUAGAUGGCAUGGUACAUUGACACGACCUCAUGCGUAGUGCUUGUCGAAAGCAAACUAAAAAUAAGCACACGUUAAGACUGUAGACUAUUCUGAUAGUCACUACAUAACUAUUCGUCUCGAUCUGCAGAUGUUAUAUAACCCACCAUCGCAGUAAACAAUACUAUCGUCACCUAUUACAGUUCUAAGUAUUACGUACAAACGUGAGCAUAUGCAAGUAUGAGCUAUCCGUAUGCCGACGACGAAAACGUGAACAUCCCUGCGGCAGUUCCGGUGCCCAAAGUAGACGAAUACGCUGAUAAGUUCUUUAUAGAUCUGUUUGCGCAAGUCCUUCGGAAGGAGUAUAGCGAUGCCAUUGAAUCGAUUCUGCUGCACAGGGACGAAUCUCGCAACUUCGCACUACAAGUCAUGUACACCGAUAUUAGUGAAGAGAAGUUCAUUCUCUUCCGCAUGCUGCCGCACUAUCCAUUGAAGCUGCUGCCCUUGUUCGACAUAGCGGCUAAAGAGGUGGCCCUGGAGAUCUACAACACACACCCCCUGAAAGAAAGCAUGAUCAUAAAAGAGCAUAUGCGAGUGCGCCUGAACGAAGUUCCUAAGUGUUACACCAUCCAGCGACUGCCCAAGUCUGAAGACGCUGGUCUACUCGUGGUGCUCAGGGCUACUGUGGUCCGAGCGGGUAACUCUUUCACGUUUGUAAUUUAUGUACAAUAG